GUCGUCGCUGUCGCUGCUGCUCUCGCCGCUGCUCCCGCCGCUGCCCCGAGUCACCCCCCCCCUACGCUCCUUUACACGCGCUAUCUUACGGCCUGCCGCUCUUUUCAAGCCGUCUUUGUAGCUGUCUCACCCCAUAAACAAACGCCGUCCAGAUCCUCAUCACACUUCACCUCGACGCACUCACUCCGACUCUUACUUCUCCACGACUCAUCGCCAUGCGCUCGCUCUCCGUCCUCGCCAUCCUCGGCGCAGCGGCCCUCGCCGCCGCCGACUCGUGCACACAGAUCUCGGGCAACUACUACUGCAACUCCGCGACCGCCAUCGAGUACGACAACGUAGGCUUCUCUGGCUCCUAUACCGACGUCACCGCCAUGGACGACUGCACCUGCUCGACCGAGACCAAGUCGUUUGAGGGCAACCUCGCGCCUUUCAACGAGGACAUCUCGAUUCACUUCCGUGGACCUAUCCAGCUCAAGCAGGUCGCGGUUUACACGUCCUCCUCCUCCUCUUCCUCCAAGAUUAAGAAGCGCGACGGCCACCACAUCCACGAGAAGCGCGACUUGCACAUGCACGAGCAGCAGCAUGCUGUGCAGCACCAGAAGCGUGCUCUCGAGGUCGUCACUGAGAUUGUGACGAUGGUCCAGACGAUCUACUACAACCCUGACGAGGACGAGACUUCUUCUGCUGAGCCGUCUGCGUCGACUUUGUCGGUCAUCAGUGCCUCGAAUGAGGCCGUUGUCGCUGUCCCUGUCGAGACCACGCUGAACUAUGGCGCUCCCACGACUGACAUCUCUGUCGGCCCCGCGUCGACCACCGCGUCUGUCAUCUCUCCUUCCUCUUCCUCUUCCUCUUCCUCUUCCUCUUCCUCUUCCUCGUCGUCGUCGUCUUCGACUUCGACCACUUUUGCCGUCUCUGUCACUUCCUCCUCCUCCUCCUCGUCGAGCUCGACAUCGUCUUCUUCGUCAGCGUCCUCGUCGACGACUACUAUCUCGACCUCAGACUGGACCCAGGUUGGAAGCUAUGACUCCGAGUCAGGCACGCUCUCUGGCCUGACGUUCUUGAACAACCUCGGCGGCACUAACGGAUCGGGCACCUGGUCUUCGUGCUGGGGUAACUCGCUUUCGUACUGCAACACCGACGGUGCGACGGCUGCCGAGACUGCGCAGGUGCUUGGAGACGUGCUUGUUGGGUCCAACACCGAGUUCAGCAUCUUUUCCGACACCGAGUGCACGACUGACACGUGUGGAUUCUACCGCGAUGGCAUUCCGGCGUACGUUGGCUUCAGCGGAGACAUGAAGAUGUUUUUGUUUGAGUUCCAGAUGCCGUCCGACAGCGGCUCUGACGCGAGCGCGAACGUGGACAUGCCCGCGAUCUGGUUCCUGAACGGCCGGAUUCCGCGGACGACGCAGUACGGCACGUGCUCGUGCUGGGCGACUGGCUGCGGCGAGUUUGACGCGUUCGAGAUCCUGUCGUCGGGCAGCGAUUACCUGAUUUCGACUCUGCACGACGAGCAGGGCGGAUCCGGCGGCGGUUCGUCGGACUACUUUGUUCGCCCGACGGACAGCACGAUGAAGGCGGCGGUGAUCUUUGACGGUUCGAACUCGAAGAUCUUCCUGGUUGAGCUGGACGACAGCACUGACUUUGGGUCGAGCGUGACGGCGGACACGGUUGCGGACUGGAUGAGCUCGAGCGCGACGGUUGUGACGCUGAGCUCGUAGGCGUUUGGUGACGAUGUUGCUGGUUGUUGUUGAUUAGUAGUUGCUAUGUUAUGUUUGAUUGAAUUGAUGUAUUAUAGCAGUUUCACGUGUUUCUGAGGAAAUAAAUAAAAAAUACCCCGCACAGCAGCAGGCGAAGAUCAGAAAUCAUCGGCUUCUGACUGGCUCGUCUGUGUUGGGGGCGGAAGCGCGGGCGGGGGUGGGCGGAAGUGGCCCGCGUGUUGUUGCCCAAAAUAGUAAAAGAUCUCAGCGCAAUCAGGAGACUCAACAUAAAAAGGCCUGAUUCCCUCUCUUCCUGCUUUU